AUGGCGGCUAAGGCAACACAGCCAUUUCUCGACGAGGUGAUGCACGCCGAUAUUAAUACAUACAAUCCAAUCAAAAACACAAUAAGUCCGCCACUCCAUUGUAUCCAGUCGUAUGAAAAAGCAGAGAAUGGCUUUAUUAAAAUACGAACGAUAGCAUACUCUUGUGGCAAAUUGGAGAGUGUUAAAGAGCUUUUUAAAAACAGAGAUUUGUUUUACUCGACUUUCCCCGAAAUAACACACAUGAAGGUACUCAAUAACUCGAGAAUUGAAUGUCACUCGAUUUGGAUCUCUGACAACCAAAAACAACUUUACAACUUCCAAGAAACUGUUAUUGAAGGAGACAACUAUGUGUCACGACUUGAAACAGACUACACCCCCAAAACAAGUGUCUACUACAUCUUUGUCUGUGAAAAACAUCUCUCUGGAUUGAAAUACACGUGUGAAAUGAAAAUACUGAAUGGCACAGUGACGUACAGAAAUUUUUUAAAUAUCAUCAACAACCAACGAAUUUUUGUGUAUUACAUUUGUGAGAGAAUGAACGUCACGCGGGAAGGGUAUAUCCUUCUGAAUUCAGAACGCGAGUUUUAUCAGAGAAUGGACCAGACUGCAUUAUACCCCCGUCUUAUUUAUCUCAACGAAUUCGAGAAAAUAUUAACUAAUGAGGAAUGUACACAAAUUAUAUUUAUAGGCAAAGUCCAACACCAAAUGCCACUCAAUACAAUACUCUCCGGAAUCCAUUUAACUACAAUUUCAACCCCUUUUUUUCCGAAAAUACAAACAAUUACAGAGAAUAAAAAAUCAAGUUAUUUGCACUGUGAGUCGCCAUUUUUAGCGGACGGAACUAUACAAACAGACAUCGCUUUCUUUUCAAGAAUAGUCGAAGGAAAUAUCUUCUUUACAUGCCACUCAGUCCACCACCCUUUGUGUCGCAAUAAACAUACUAAUAAAAAGUUCGAGUUGGUCAUUGCAGCGGAGAUGUUCGACGUGUCUCCGAACGGAUCUGUGGAAUCCAAUUUUUACUACCAAUUUUACUGCCCAGACUUUGCUAAAGCAAGUCCAAGAAAGCACGCAGUCAUGUUUAUGGACGUCUGUAACUGCUUUUCUGCAUAUCGACUUAUGAUCGAGUACAAUAUGCAAUUUCCAAAAUUGGUUGAUAUCAGUGACCAAUUAAAAGUCUCUCGUAUAUUACUGGCGUACAUCAUACGUGUUGGUGUAUAUAUCAGAAAAAGGAAAGUCCUUUGCAGCCACGACGAACGGAACACAAGAAGGUGUGACAAGAAAGUUUCAAAUUACUUAGGGCAAUUAGAUGACAAGUUACUUGAAAACAUCUUUAGCUUCUUGUCACUUGAAGACUUGAUGAAAACAAUGGAAACGUGUAAGAAAUGGACAACAUCUGGAAAGUAUUUUAUACCAUCCACUACGCGCCAUCUAUUUUUAAUAAGACUGACUAUCA